AUGUCUUCUUUCGCGCGCCAGUCCGUAGUGGGCGCGUCCCGCCAGGACGUCCUCUCGUCGCUGCGCGUCACGUCCAUGGUCAGCACCAAGCCGGUGCUUCCAGCAGAACUCAUCGCCGCGAUUCUGGACUACCUUCCCGUGCCCGACAUGAUCCGCUUCGCCCGCACCUCGAAACGAAUGCGAGAGAUGGUCUACGACGAUAGCCGGUGGAUACAACGGCUCAAGAGCAUGGGAUGCUGGAACGACCAGGAGGCGAGGAAGCGCUUCGAAGAUGCAAUGAAAAGAAAGCUCGAGGCACAGCGAUCACGAGAGGCGGAAGAGGCGCUGCGAACAGGAGCCAUGAUCAAUGGCAGCGUGAAUGGUCUUGCCGGUGGUGGUGGUGGUGGAGCCACUCUUUUCGACGCUGGCGUGGAGGAGGACCGGCUGAGGAGCUCGCAUGAGCUCCCCCUCCGUGCGCGCCAAGGCACCAUGGACAGCGGCUUUAGCCCGAUCGACCCCUCCACCACGAGCUACCGGGAUCCCGAGUUCGCGCUCAACGUCUUGUCCAACGUCUGUUCGGCCCGUGGCUUCGCACGGCUUGAGUACGGGAAAAUCUAUGGAUCAUUGGCCCCAUAUUACUUCGACCUGGCCCGGUCGAGGAGCCAUAUGGAUCCAGUCUUGUUCAGGGUGUACAGAGAUCCCGAGCAGCAGGCAAAGAUGCUGGCACAGAUCAAGGUCUUUGCCCGGAGCGACUUCGCGCAAGGCUGCUGGCAGCGGGAGGAGAGGCUCGAUACCAUGAUGGGUCUGUUCGAGAAUGCUGCUCUUCGAGAAUUCGAGCAGGGCUACGAGGCGCACGACAUCGAUGGUCGGAUGAAGAAAUAUGCCCAGGUUCUAGUCACGCUCAACGGUGGUGCGGCAGCCAUCGACAGCUUCAUACACAACCAUCCUCUAAUGCUCCACAAAGAAAGGCUGGGAGAUCCGUUGGACUGCUUGGGUAGUGGCCUCUCGGCUGAUAGCAUAUCACUCAAGCCUUCCCAGAAAUUCUUCGAAAGCCUGGCAACGGCGCUGAACGAGCAAGCUUCCCUCAUCGAUCGAGUAUUUCCGCCGUCUGUCGAUGUCAUGAUACCGUUUCUGGAAAGAAUAGGCGAAGAUGUUGUUUCGGAGUACAUCAACCCGCUUCUCGACGAGGCCCACGAGCGCAGCAUCGAAUCAUACUUGACGGCGACCUCUGGACUCUUCGAACAGGCUCUACGCUUCGAGCUUUCACUGCAGUCUACCAAAACAUCCGAGGCGACUUUCAAGGAGGAUGCGCACCGCGUCGUAGCACGAUGCUUCGAGCAGCACAUCGACCUGUAUCUACAGGACGAACUUGAUUACUUCAAGGACAAGGCCAAUUCCGACGUGGAAGCGUGGGAGAAGCGGCUACAGGACCAAGAAGCAUCGACUGAAUCGUUCUUUAUGGCCAACGUCAACCGACAAGUGGCCAAGCGAGACUUCCUUACUUCGUUCAAGAAGGUUAUCAUGAUGCCGGUCAGCGUCAUGCCCUUUGCCUCAAACAAGCCGGUGGACCAGAUAUCGGUCAAUGGAGACAGCGGCAGCAUAAAGAGCCAAUCGAGGUCAUCCACGCCCGUGCCGAUUGAGCGCUCCGGUAGCCCGCGCCCCGGGUCAAUGGCGCCCACGUCGGAGCUUUCGGCCAAGGCUGCAAUCAUGAACUCCCGCCUAGAGGGGAUCAAGUCGCUCUUCAGCAUAGAAGUGGCGCUGAACCUCGUCCACCUUGCCAAGGGCAGCCUUGAGCGCGUGGCUCUGAUGGUGCCGAUAGGCGGCCAGUCAGGCGCCGAGUCGAAGGAGCAGUGCGAAGUGAUAUUCGUUGCGCUGCUGCAAAUCCUUGGGUCCGGUCACAUCAAGGUUGGAUUCGACAAGGCCAUCGACCAUCUCUCAAAAUACAACCCGCGGGAGGUCAGCGAGCAUGACCAGCCGGGAGUCCAACCAUUGGUCACGUUCCUGGAGCUGGUGAAUGUGGGAGACUUGAUCCAGCAGAUGGUGGAUGUGUUCUACCAGCAAGAGUUGGUAGCAACGAAGCUUGCAGAGAGCGACGACUUCCUCAGCCAGGCGGCAAAGGAGAAGAAGCGGUUCGAGCAGAUGCUGGACGAGCGAGUGGCGGCCGGGCUGAACAAGGGCAUCGACGUGCUGAUGGACGAGGUAGAGUAUCUCUGCGCCACGACGCAGGACCCGAAAGACUUCAACCCGGGGGCAGGCACGGCGCUCGAAGCGGCGGCGCAAAUGUCGGACGUGGGGCCGAGCACGACGGCACGCAGGAUCAUCGAGCUCGUGUCGUCGCACAUCAACAUGCUGGUGGGGAGCACGGACAAGACGAUGCUGGACGUCUUCAACCAGGAGGUGGGGGUGCGGCUGUUCACGGCGCUUUGCAAGCACAUCAAGCGGCAGCGCAUCAGCAUCGACGGCGCCAUCAAGCUUAUCAGCGACAUGAACGCGUACCACUCGUACAUUGUGACACUGCGGAACAAGUCGCUGAACCAGUACUUCAGCGCGCUGCGGGAGCUCACGCAGAUCUAUCUGAUCUCGGCAAACGACGCGAAGGAGAUUGCCACGGUCAUCGCGGACGGCGACCGGUACCACGGCAUCUUCCGGACCGAGGAGGUGUACGAGUUCGCCGAGCGCAGGGCGGACUGGUUCGUGGUCAAGCGGGACGUCGAGCGGGCAAUGUACGGCAUAGGCUGCGGCGUCAUGUGA